AUGCUUGCUUCAGGAAAGAGAUUCUUCUCAUCAUCAUCACUAAGACAGGUGUCUGCUUGGGCCAAGGUCGAAAAAGCUCCUGCAGACAAGAUCUUGGGUCUAACUGUGCUCUACAACCAGGACACUAAUCCCUCCAAGAUCAACUUGGGUGUUGGAGCCUACAGAGAUGAGAAUGGUAAGCCAUGGAUUUUACCUUCGGUUCGUAAGGCUGAAGAGGUCUUGAUCAAGACUGAGGUCAACAAGGAGUAUGUCCCAAUCACUGGUUCUCCCAAGUUCAACGAGCUGAUCAAACAGACUUUGUAUGGUAAUGAUCCAGCUGGUAAGCAAUUAUUGGAACAGAACAGAAUUGUUUCUUCCCAAUCCAUUUCAGGAACUGGUGCCUUGAAGGUGUUAUCUGAGUUCAUCAAAUAUUUCCACGAGGGACCAAAGGACGUCCUGGUUCCAAACCCAACUUGGGCUAACCAUAUCGCCAUUUUGGAGCGCUCCGGACUGACAACAAGCAAGUAUAGAUACUACGAUUUCAACACCAACCAAUUGGAUAAGAAAGGUUUGUUGGAAGACUUGGAGAAUGCUGCUGAGGGACAACCUGUUUUGUUGCACGCUUGUUGUCACAAUCCAACUGGUGUCGACCCAACGUUGGAGGAGUUCGAUGAGAUCAUCGAUGUUUUGUCACGUAAGAAGUUGUUGCCUGUUGUCGACAUGGCUUACCAGGGAUUCCGAUCUGGUAACCCAAUUGAUGAUCUGUCUUUGUUGUUCCGUUUCAACAAAGCCGUUGUCGACGGUAGACUAGACAACUUUGUUCUUUCUCAAUCUUUCGCUAAGAACAUGGGUCUCUAUGGUGAGCGUGUUGGCUCACUGUCAUUGAUCACCAGCGAUGCUGAUGAGUCUGUGCGCGUUAAGUCACAGCUGGAGAAGGUUAUCCGCCCUAUCUACUCAUCUCCACCAUCUCACGGUUCCAAGCUGGUUGAAAUUGUUCUCUCCGAUGAAGCUAUUUACCAGCAAUGGCUCAAGGAUGUCAAGGUUAUGAGUGACAGACUGGUUUCCAUGAGAAAGUUGCUGUACGACACUUUGAAAAACAAAUACAACAACCCCCUGGACUGGUCCCAUUUGUUGCAACAGAAGGGUAUGUUCUGUUACACUGGUCUGAACCCAGAGCAGGUUGCCAAGUUGAUUGAGCGUUCUGUUUACUUGACCUCUGACGGACGUAUCUCCAUAGCUGGUAUCUACGAACAAAACGUUGACUACCUUGCCAAUGCCAUCCACGAGGUUACGACCAACUAA